AUGCUCACCCCAAAAUCAAACUCAAAAUCCGGCAUGAAGGAUAAGCAAAGGUCUUCUAAGAAGCCGAAACUUAUCCAGGGCUCUGCCACAAAACUCGCAUCAAAACUCGUGAAGAGCUCGCCUACCAAGCUUGCUGCUACGAAGAUCCCCACUGCGAAGACAGAGGUCAAAACUAUCGCAAGAUCUUCGCUCAAGGACCAGAUCAGGGACAAGAAGGGGAAGGCAAAAGCUACCGACGAUGAGCUCGCACCUCUCCCUUCUUCGUUCAAGAUCAUGGCCGGUUCAUACGAGAAACUCUUGUAUGGUCUCGAGGGUACUGUGUCUGUCGAGGGUUCCUCACACCAGUUCCAUCUAAAGCCGAUAUUCAUCUUUCCUGCGCACAUAUCAUCUGUUAAGGCAGUGGCUGCGUCGCCGAACGGUGGCAAAUGGCUUGCAACUGGCAGUUCAGACGAGAUCAUCAAGGUCUGGGAUUUGCGCCGGCGGAAAGAGGUUGGUGGUUUAAUGCAUCAUGAAGCAUAUUUGCUAGGCUCAAUCACUCACCUCGCUUUCCCCUCUCGCUCUCACCUCGUAUCGGCAUCAGAAGAUGGUACGCUUUGCAUCUUUCAUGCACGCGACUGGACCGUCCUUCGUACGCUCAAAGGUCAUAAGGGAAGAGUAAAUUGUGUCGCCGUACAUCCGUCAGGCAAGGCCGCUUUGAGUGUGGGGAAGGACAGGACGCUUAGGAUGUGGGAUCUCAUGCGGGGCAAGGGUUCCGCAAGUACAAAACUUGGCAAGGAGGGCGAGUUGGUGCGGUGGAGCACAGGUGGUACGCUCUUCGUUGUGCAAACGAUGUCAACCCUCGAUAUUUACACCACGGACAUGAACAUGAUACACACAGUUCAGCAUCGGUCUAGGAUUCAUGACAUCAAGUUUUGCAAGCGCGUCGAGGGCGAGGGCGAACUCUUGCUUGUCGCGGCCGAAGACAAGAAGGUGUCCGUGUAUGAGAUCCCCGCUGACCGGGAGCAGACCCCCAGGAUCAUAGCACACUUCGUUGGCCACGAGAACCGUGUCAAAGCGAUUGAUGCGCUCGCCGUCGCGCUCCCGCCUGCCUCAGGCACGCACCGCACGAGCACAACGCUCGUGGGCACCAUCUCCUCCGACGGCAAGAUUCGCGUGUACGACCUCGCGAGCAUGCCCGUCGAGGCGGCUGAAGCGCCUGCGGAGCUACAUCCACUGACCGAGUACGACUCCAAAGGCAGCCGGUUGACAUGCAUGGCGAUGGCGGACGGCGACGAUGUCACCGGUGCGGCUGCUGCCGCGGGCGGAAAGCGCAAGCGGGAGGUGCAAGACGACGAGAGUGCGGACGGGUGGGCGGAGCGGCAGAACCCCGAGGGUGAAAUCAGCCAGGAGGAGGACGCAAGUGAGGAGGGUGAGAGUGAAGAAGAGAAUAUUGAAGGUGAAGAAGAGGACGGGGAGGAGGUUGAAAAUUAG